GUGUCCUGGGUACUGGAGCAGCGGGAUUCGUCAAGCUCUAGUGAUGACCUCACCGCGGUGCGGAACCACACCGACCAGAUGCUGUGCCUUCUGGCCGAGGAGCGACCGGGGGAGUGUGAGGGGCCCGGUAACGUUCCCCCCAUUGGCCCCAUCCUGGACCUGGUGGUGUCUGAGAACGUCCUGGAGCGUGUGGUGCAGUGGCACCUGAGGCGCGGCCUGGACCCCGACAGCCAGGGGGCGCUACUCAAGCUGUUUGAGAUGCUGAUAGGCCAGUCUCAGCAGCCACUGCUCCAACACAAGGCGGUGCUGCAGCCUCUGCUGGGCCUGCUGGGGGCCUGUGCUGAGCCUCAGCUGGGCUGUCCUCCCUCUCUGGAGAACAGCCUGGUGCUGCUGCUCAACCAGGUGGGUGGAACAGAUUGAUUUGAUUUUUAUUGGGGAAAAGAUGCUCUGAGCACAACCCAGGGGAUAACACUUGUUUCCAACGUGGUCCCUGAUGGAAUACACACAGUGCAAAGGAAAAUAAACGUUGUGCUCAAUGGAGGCAUGGAUGGCAUUAGAUGUUACUGGUUUGAUUUCAUCUGAAAAGUAACAUGGACUGUUGAGCUGCUAAGGCUUUUGUAAUCCAUAUAAUGUUGGUACUGUAACUGUUAGUCCUGUUCAUUGUGUCACGUCGUUUUCUAUGGGUUUUUUUUUUACGUUUGAUGAAAUGAAAAAGAUAUUGUGAUCUCAACAUCACCAGAUCUGUGUGUCGAUGGCGCGUGCUCCUGCGGUGUUGGAGCUGUUGUUCAGGACAGUGCCGGCCCAACAGGGUCCAACCAACCUUCUCAUCUUCUCCCUGCUGGUCCCCUUCAUCCACCGUGACGGGGCCAUCGGACAGCAGGCCCGCGACGCCCUCCUCCUCGUCAUGGCAACCUCCGCCAGCAACCAGAACGUGGCAUGCUACAUCGCAGAGAACUCCUACUUCUGCCCGGUGAGGGAUUUAAUUUAA